AUGCCGCCAUGGGGUUAUUAUGGUGUUCCACCAACUUUCUACCCACCAGAUGUUGUACCACCGAGUGGCCAAUAUGUUGGGGGAACUUCUCAUAUGCCAGACAGACAUUCCCCAUACACAUUCAUGCCGACACCGCAAGGACUCAAUUCAUCAUCUGCUUCUGCACAACACUCUGAGCCCAUUCCAACUGACCCGAAGACGUAUUUCUGGCAAGCCGAUGAGAAUGAUCGCAUAUGGCUCACAUGGAAUAAGUCUGGUAGACGAAGUUUUAGGAGCCAUUUGCAUCGAAUUAGAAAUGGGGAAGACGAAGCAAUGUGGAUGGAUCCCGACGUGCGUAAGGCACUUGAUGCAAAGUGGGCAGAAGAAAGCAACAAAAAAAUUGCCACACAAAAUAAAAAAAAUCGUGCUUCCGAGACCGGUGGGUCGCUCCACACUGGCGGGUCCAUUCCAUUCUCCUUGACUAGAAGAAGGCUGGCAACUGAAUUGAAUCGUGAGCCCAAUGAGUUUGAAUUCUUCAGGAGAACCCACACCAGGAAAGAUAAUCAAGGAGAAGAAGUGUGGGUCGAUGACAGAUCUAGGGCCAUCGCUGAAAAAUAUGAAAGAUUGAGUGCGGAGGCAUCUUCAUCAUCCACAAGUACUGGAGAGUCCUCAUCGCCUACAGUUAAUGAACACGACAUCUUCUAUCAAGCUGUUAGUGGUCGGAAUAGAAAGGGUCGAAUAUACGGGCUGGGCUCCCAAGCUAAUUUGUUAUAUCCAUCUACCACCAAUCGAUCUAGCCAAUCAUCUUCACAUAUGUCACCAGAGUUUCAACAAAUGAAACUUAAAGUCACCCAAUUAACUGAUGAGUUGCUUGAAUCCCGGGCUGAGAAUCGACAAUUACGACAGUGGCAAGAACAAGUGACAGCGUGGCAGUCAGAAAUGAAUAUAGUAAUAAGUAGAUUGACAAAACAAUCUACUGCAGAUGCUGGACCGUCGACUGUUCCAGGUGGAUCUGACCCGGUAGCUGAUCAAGAUGAGAGUGACAAUCAUGAAGAUGAAAAUGCUAAUAAUAAUGACGAUUGA